GAUCGAUUAAUCUUUUAUUAUCCUCGCUCAUCAUCCUUCACUUCUACAACAUGUACAAGAUGCUCAGACGAACUACGGCACCUGCUGUGCGGUGCGCCAGACAGCAACCUCGAUCUCAAGCUCGCUUCGUCAACCGCCGCUUCCAAUCUACCACAUCCCAAGCAACCUCCAGUGCUAGCAAUCCCGCAUUGAUUGGUGGCAUCGCUGGAUAUGCCUGGUAUCACUUCUCCGGAGCCAAGACGCUCGUGAAGACCAGCAAAGAAACACAUGCCUACAUUAAACAAGCCAAACAAAAGAUUGUAGAGAAGACCCCAGAACCGGACGAGGCGUUCCGCUGGCUGAGAGAUACUGUCAAGAGCUAUGCUGUGUUCAUCCCUGGUGGACGCGGGUAUGUUGACACUGCUUUUGACGACCUCGAAAAGAUCCGAAAUAACCACAAAGAAGAGUUCGACCGUAUUGUCAAGGAUGCAUAUAACGAGCUGGGUUGUAUCUUCAAGAAGGAUGGGUUUAGCACUACUGCGGCGUCCAAUUCCCUCCCAGUACUGCAGCAAUAUGCCCAACGUCUAUUUGACCUUGCUGGAGACGCUGCGGAGGACGUCUUGUCGAAUCACCCUCAGCUGAAGGAAAAGGUUGGAGGCAGCUAUGAUCAAUUGAAGCAGAUGGGAGAAGCCUGUGGCCCGAGGGCAAAGGAAGAAGUGGAUCAGACUUGGCAACAAAUCUCGAGCAUCAUCAAGCGUGGCGUGAGUGUCCAGUCAGCGGAGGAGAUUAAGUCUUUGAUCGAAGACAAGAAGAACAAGCUUCAGAAGCUUGGAGACGAGGCAUGGAAAAAGGGUCUAGAUGAGUCCCAGGAAAGGUUAUUUCCAGGAAUUAUGGGGCCUAGUGAAGGAGAAGGCUCAUCUGGAAAGUCCGAGGAUGUGGAGAAGUAUAUCAAGGACAAGGUUGAACAAGCUAAGAAUAGCGACAUGUCCGGUCUCGACCAGUGGCUCAACAAGGUGCCUGGUGGUUCUGAUCUGCUCUCCCAACUACAAUCACUACAGACUAUUGCUCAGAAGAAAGGAAGUGAGACGGAGAAAAUUAUGAAAGAGACUCUUGAAGAACUUCAGGCUGUGCUGAAGAAGGGGAAGGAACAAGUGGAGAAGCUUACUCAAGAAUAAAGAAGAUGAGCAUUGCGAUGAAACAUGAAUCAUGAUGUACAUUACGACAGUUCCAUAUGUAAUACCUCUUCCAUUGACCGAGUUGACGAUUCGAUCUUACAGCUCUCUGAGCUAUAUCAUGUUUCAACUCGCACAUACAAUGUACUAUUACG